AACACGAAAGCACUCGAGGAGAAGAAAGUACAAGAAACUUAUAAAACGAGCACCUCAAAAAAGUGGGAAAGGACAUAUCAUCUAAAGCGGAGGACAGGCAUUAGAUCAAGAUGGCCGAAACUAUGGUGAGGCCGAGGCCACUCGGUGUGAGACUUCAUCUUCAAGUAGACACGAAUGCCGGGGCUAACGACGUCCAAGGCAUUGUGAGAAAUCGGCGACAGCGCUUGAUGAAACUGCCGAUCUCAAGAGGACGUUUUGAUGUAGCUAGCUUUCAAGAUCACGGCCACCCAGGUUUUGUGAAAUAUAAUGAUGACACCCUUGCUCCUAAUCGAGACAAUUACCCAAUUAUUGACCCAACUAGUGGGUUUGUAUCGGUUGCAGCAGAUGUGGACAGAAAUACGGGGGUCAAGAAUAUACCGAACAUGCAGCAGUCGGACAAUCCACCAAACACAGUCACCCCGUUCUCACCGCGACCGACGACCACUCUUGCUCACAGAGACAAGGUAAAGGAGUCUGACUCGCGGGAGAGCAGUGGAGCCAUGAAUCCUUUGAGAGCUUCUGCCCCUGCUUCCUUGCAAUACAAUGAUCCUCAGUUGCAGAAGACAAGAGUUUUAAAUGAUCCCGGUACUUGGAAUAGCAGGAAAAUAAGCGAUGCCAUGAUACGAGCAAAGCUAGGAGGCUGGACAAGUGAUAAAGAUCCCAGAAAGACAGAGAAAGAGCAGGACCUUAUAUGGCAACAGAUUCAUUCCAAGAACAUUAAAAAUCAAGCAAAUGUCAUUGACAAAGCUGAAGAUUGGAAAGAUGAGGCAGCACUAAGAUAUGUCUACUUACCCUCUACCCAAAGGGCAUAUGAAGCGGUGAACUGGGAUGCCAAAUUGGCGCCCAAGGUCCUACCCCCAGCCACCACCCUGGAGAGACAACCAGACCCGGUUUCACAUCGCUUCAGUGUGAACAAACGUUAUGAGUCUGCCGCACAGCCAUGGCAGAAUCUUGGAAGAUCAUUUGACAUGUUUCAGAUCAGAGAUGGUUUUCAUAUCAAAGGACCGAUUGAAUUCUGUAGCCCCCAUCGGAAGAACUACCAGAUUCCCAACUACACUGGUUUUGUGGGAGGUUUUGGCGAGCGAGAUCAUCCUCAGCAGUAUUUCUUCCCUUCUGCUGUCCAGAGAACCAGCCUUCCCUGGUACACAGACACAGCAAAUCGGCCAAACAUCCCUGGAUAUACAGGCUGUACACACUGGAAGUCUGAGAAACCAGCAAAUGCUAAUGUGCCCAUCCCGCCACCACAAACUACAGCUAGAGUUCACAGGAUUGACCGAUAUGACCCGAACCAGUCAGCACACAAGAGGACAUCACGAAUGUCCAAGAUGGUCACUUUGGUACCACCCUGCAACCCGUUCAACAAAGUAGACAAGGAUGAGAGGACAUUAGAACAGUAUAGGUAAAGGCCGUGUUACCAUGGUAACUGUAAGCCUAGUUUUCAGCUUUUCCCAAUCAGAUCUUGAGCUUACUAUGAGUAUGGAGUGUUGUGGCUUAGUGGAUAGACAUCCAGACUUUGAACCAGAAGUGCCACGGUCCAAAGUACACUGCAGUACAUGUAUCCAUUGGCAUAAGGCAUUUAUUUGUAUUUGCCACUCUCCAUCCAGGUGUACUGAGGAAGAAACUCCUUAAAUGAGUCGGGCAUGUGAUCAAGGUAGCCAUAUCUAAUACCAGUGUACACUGGCGGAUCCAGGGGGGGGCCAAGUCAGCCCGUGCCCUCCCUUUUUCCCUUUGAGAGGCACAAUUCAAAUUUUUAAUGUAAAAAUGCUGAUAAAACAGAAGUGCUCCCCCUCUAGUGAAGCCUUUUUUUUUUGCCUGUCAAAUUUUUCCUUGGGAAAAUCCCCCCCCCCCUUUGGAAAAUCCUGGAUCUGCCCUGCCUGUGUUAUGGUAUGCAGGGUGUGGAAAGAUUGUAUUAAGUGCUUUUAUAUAUGUAGCAUAUAAUUAUUAUUUACCAGUAUUAUUAAGUUAAGGCUAUGUCAUCACAUUGUAAAGGCCACAAGUUGUGGCUUUUUUUUUGGGGGGGGGGGGACCUUACAAUAACAAAUCCCAGUUAGAUUUUUUUAUGGAGUAACAACCUGUUUUGGGUGAAUUUCAGCUAAUUCUCAAGUGAAGAUGUUUUUGCUCUAGAUAAUAUAUCCAUCUCAUCCUAACAUCACAUGCUAUUUAUAAAAAAAAACGAGAAGAAAAUCUGAGGUGCAAUGCUUUUUUUUUGUCCUC